CGCUAUGUCUGCGACGGCACUGGCCGCGAGUCUGUUGCUUUUCACCUCGUUCAUCGGAUCUUCUCUCUGUCAAACACCGAUGGCCAUGCUGAUAGUGAUCGAGGAACCGGACACGCCGUUUUUAAGCAUUCUGAACGACGCUGCACCUCAGACGGAGAAGAAGUUCGGCGACGACAUCAUCACCGUUCACAUUUCCACCGUCACUGUGGACAGAGCAAACGUGCUUGCCAGUUUUGAAAAAGUAUGUGCUGCCUUAUUUAAGGGAAUCAGUAUCAUACUCGAUCUGACUUGGACCGGUUGGGAGAAGCUUCGAAACGUAGCCGACGAGAACGGAAUAAUAUACAAACGCGGGGAUUGCCAGAUAAAUUCGUACGUGCAGGCGAUCGAUGAUCUUUUGAUGUUGAAGAACGCAACGGACGUGGGCCUGAUCUUCGAAGAUGAAAGGGAGCUGAAUCAGAGCUUGUACUAUCUGAUCGGGAACUCGAUUAUACGGUUGGUCGUCAUCGACGAGUUCACGGACAAAACAGUGUCCAAGAUACGGAGCAUGAGACCGUCGCCAUCUUAUUACGCGAUUUACGCCAGCACGCCGAGGAUGGAGGAACUAUUCAGAACGGCCGUUCAGGGGGGCCUGGUGAAAAGAAAUGGAAUCUGGAACUUGGUGUUCACCGACAAUAACUACAAGGACUUCAAGUACCUCAACGGGGACUCGCAAUUAAACGUUUCGGUGACCGUUCUGUCGCUACGUACGGAGGUCUGUUGUCGGCUGAUCGGUGAACCGUCCUGCAAUUGUCCUCCCGAUGUUCAAAUAUUUCCACAGUACUUCAGACGAUUGCUGGGCUUGCUGGUGAACCUGAUGAGCGAGCUCCAGAAGUCUGGGAUCAGCGUGGAGCCAAAGCCUACUCGAUGCAAUUCGCCGAACGCUACUCAAACGGUCUCAAACGCCACAUCCGAGGCGUUCAACAAGAACUUGAUAGCCAAAUUAGGAGGCAACGAUACCUUCGACUACUUGUCGGACAAAGGACUGAUCACGUACAAAGCGGAGAUCGAAAUGGAGAUCCUGCAAAAUGGAGUUUUGGAGCCGCUCGCCACUUGGACUAGAAGAACGAAAAUUAAGGAGGCCGACGGGAAGAAGAUAGAACCUGCCAAGAGAUUCUUUCGAAUCGGAACUGCUCCUUCAGUUCCCUGGACGAUGCCCAAAGUGGAUCCAGCGACCGGCCACGUUAUGAAGGAUGAAAACGGAAAGGAGAUGUGGGACGGUUACUGCAUAGACUUCAUAAAGAAACUUUCUGAAGAGAUGCAAUUUGAUUACGACAUCAUCGUACCGGAAGAUCGAGAAUUUGGAAAGAAGAUGGCCAACGGACAGUGGAACGGGUUGAUUGGCGACCUUUCAAAGGGAGAAACUGAUAUCGUGGUUGCCGCGCUGACAAUGACAUCGGAACGCGAGGAGGUGAUCGAUUUCGUUGCCCCUUACUUCGAGCAGUCUGGUAUACUGAUUGUAAUAAGAAAACCCGUUCGUAAACCGUCCUUGUUCAAAUUCAUGACGGUCCUCAAAGUCGAAGUCUGGCUGAGCAUCGUGGGGGCGUUGACGCUGACAGGAAUCAUGAUUUGGAUAUUGGACAAGUAUUCCCCCUACAGCGCGAAGAACAACAAACGUCUGUAUCCAUAUCCUUGUCGAGAUUUCACGUUGAAGGAGAGCUUUUGGUUCGCCCUGACCUCGUUCACGCCCCAAGGUGGAGGCGAAGCUCCCAAAGCUCUGUCCAGCAGAACUCUCGUAGCUGCGUAUUGGCUAUUCGUCGUUCUGAUGCUCGCCACGUUCACUGCGAAUUUAGCAGCUUUUCUUACAGUGGAAAGAAUGCAGACACCCGUGCAAUCGUUGGAGCAACUAGCGAGGCAAUCGCGGAUAAAUUACACCGUUUUGGCCAAUCACAGCGUUCACCGGUACUUCAUGAACAUGAAAAACGCGGAGGACAAGUUGUAUACUGUCUGGAAAGAGAUCACGCUGAACAGCACGAGCGACCAGGUAGAAUACCGUGUAUGGGAUUAUCCUAUCAAGGAACAAUACGGUCACAUACUGCAAGCCAUCACGCAAGUCGGCCCGGUGAAGAGCGCAGAGGAAGGCUUUCGAAAGGUGAUAGAAAGCGAGAACUCAGAAUUCGCUUUCAUCCACGACUCGUCGGCGAUAAAGUAUGAAGUAACUAGGAACUGCAAUCUGACCGAGGUCGGCGAGGUGUUUGCCGAACAACCUUACGCAAUCGCUGUCCAACAAGGAAGCCACCUGCAGGAGGAGAUCAGCAGAAGGUACCUGUGUCGAGCUUUCCGCGAGGAUUCCUUGUUUUUCUUAUUUCGGUCUAUUCGUUGCAGGAUCCUGGACCUGCAGAAGGACAGGUAUUUCGAGACGCUGACGUCCAAGUAUUGGAACCAGUCCCUGAAGGCGCAGUGCCUGGAUUCCGACGACAACGAAGGAAUUACGCUGGAAAGCCUGGGCGGAGUGUUCAUAGCGACUCUGUUCGGGCUCGCUUUGGCGAUGAUCACUCUGGCCGGGGAAGUCCUCUAUUAUCGUAAACGCAGCGAUUCGCAAAAGGACAAGCGAAAAGACAAGAAAAAGCCCAAGGGCAUCGAAAACGAGAAGGUGAUGCUGCAGAAGAUGGCGUCGAAGCUGCAGAUGAAACCAGCCCCUACUAACGCAUUAUUCGAGAAAACGACGACGAAUCUACCUCGCGUAUCUCAUAUUUCGGUCUACCCGCGUAACUUUACCUUCAAAGAGUGAAAUCUUCGCGACAGAGAAUAAUGUCGCAGCGACAGAAUUUCCGGUGGCAAAACGAUUAACGAUAGAUAUAUUUAUUCUGUACAAAAGAUCACGUUCCAUUGCUAAUAAACGUUAUUCCAGAGCAACGAGAAUGCGAAUCAAACUUUAUGUAACGACCCUUUACAGCAGCCAGUGUCUUUCACUCUUUCACUUCGGUACCGACAGCUCGCAACACUGAUUCGUCGCGCGCCACGCGAGUCCCGGAAAUAAUUGUAAAGCUACGGAUUAAUAAAAGUUAU